AUGGCCCCAUCAGCAACCGUCACACUCUCAGAGCCCAAAUCCAACGCCAGCGUCGGCGCCCUCGGCCGCACAAAAGAUGGCAGACCCCUCAAGAUCCGCUCCUACCCCAAAUUCAUCUCCCUAGAAGAAGAGCGGCUGUACAGAAAACAACACCUUGCAGCCGCAUACCGCGUCUUCGCCGAUCGAGGGUAUGACGAAGGCGUCGCUGGCCACAUUUCCGUCCGCGACCCCAUCUUGACCGAUCACUUCUGGCUCAACCCGCUGAGUAUGCACUUCUCCCAAAUCAGCGUGAGCGACCUCAUCCUCGUCAACGAAGAAGGCGAAGUCGUCAUUGGCGAUGAGCCCAUCAACGCCGCUGCGUUCGCGAUCCAUUCGGAGAUCCAUAAGGCGAGGCCGGACGUCCAUGCGGCGUGUCAUGCGCAUAGUGUGUAUGGGAAGGCUUUCUCGGUUUUUGGGCGGGAGCUGGAUAUGAUUACGCAGGAUAGUCUGCGAUUCUAUAAGGAUCACGCGGUGUAUCCGCAGUUUGGGGGCGUGGUGUUGGAUCGGGAGGAGGGGAGGAGGAUUGCGGAGCAUUUGGGGGGUGGGAAGGCGAUCAUUUUGCAGAAUCAUGGGUUGUUGACGGUGGGGGAGACGGUGGAUGCGGCGGCUUUUUGGUUUGUUAGUUUGGAUAAGACUUGCCAUGCUCAGUUGCUUGUUGAUGCUGCGGCUCAAGGCAGUGGGCAUAAGAAGACUUUCAUCCAUGAUGAGGAGGCUAGAGAUAGCUAUGAUCAGGUUGGCAAGCCGGAGAAGGGCUGGCUUGCGUUUCAGCCGUAUUAUGAUGAUAUUCUGGCGAAGACUAAUGGUAGCUUCCUCAAAUAG